AUGCUACUGGCGGGGUUACACCACGAUGCACGACCCAAGGCAACAACAGGCCCCUCGACCACGAGUUUUCGCAUUCGCUUUCUUUUCAUCCUUUCACCCCUAGUUUGCAGUUGCUUCAACCACAGCUGCUCGCCGCCAUCCAUAUAUAAAGGCUCCCAUACCCUCCGCAUACACUUAGAACUCUUCGGACAUCAACCAACUCUGUCUGCACCUCGCAACACCAAAAGUAUAUCGAGCAUUAUCAACAAGCAGCUCCACAUUCUUCCCCGUACCAGCCUUAGAAAACGUGUCAAAAAAUGUCCUUCAAGGGCCACAAGCGUCAAGCCAGCAACUCUCCACCAGCCUCCGCAAUAGCUCCUAGCACCAAACGAAUCAGUCUCGACAUAGCUCUCCGACAACGAUCGGAGGUGCCGUCCGAUGAUGAGCAUCGCCGGCGCGGUGGAUCGGAGCCACCGGAAGAUACAAAGAACGAUCUUCCUGCAACUGAGCCAAAGUUCCUCUCGUUUGCUGUCAAGAACCAGGGCAAGCGUAAAACCCGUGUGCCUAAGCGGCACAAGUCGAUGCUCCGAGCCCCGUUUAACCUCAAUGGCCUCGAGAAGAAGGCACGUCAGGAGCGUCCAUCUUUGGCGUCCUUGGAUCAACAUCGUAUUCCCCCGAUCCUACCAGUCCCCUCAUAUUCGUCUUACGCGACCAAACGCUUUGCGGAACUCGUACCCCAGCAGCUCCGUCCGACCAUUGUGUCCACAAUCCUAAGGACUUCCGCGUCUCAGACUCCUCGACCUUCUGGGUCGAUGAAGGCAGCCCUUCACAAUUCAGGGGCUGGUCCUAACAAUGCGGUGUUAACCACGAGCUUCUAUAAGAAGCUGCCACGCAUGCCGUCCGUUCCCGAGGAAGAAACUAACCGUGAGGAUCAUAAGACAUCGAAAGCCCCCGCUGUUCCCGGUGCGUGGUCGAGCUUCGAAUCGACUUCAUCGCACUCAUCAGUGAAUACAAGCUUCUCGAAGAAUUUGUCGAGCUUCAAAUCGAACGACCCGGUAAGUAUGAGCUUCACUGGAAUGUCAUCCAAAGCCAUGAACAAUGCGAGUGCAGCGAUGAGCACGAGCUUUUCAGGAAAGCCACCCAUAGCCGCCAAAGCUCAGCCCGUCACGGGCAUUACAGAGGCCAAUGUCGAGGCUUGUCCCGCGGUUUCUUUCACGGCGGUACAACCUUAUCCGCAGCCACGACAAGGCUAUGGCUUCUUCUACUCCGACUCGUCUGAUUCAGACGACUCAGAGGAUGAAGAGACAACUGAAGCAAUCGUCCACCCGGGCGAGCCCAUCAUCAACCCCGACUCCUCCUUCAACGACAAAGUAGUCCUCCGUACAGACGCAGACUGGGACUUCUGGAAAGCCGGCAAGCGCCUCCCCUGCACGCACGCCACCGCGGACGACAGCAUGAAGCUGAAGGUGCGGGCUAAGAAGCUGCUGGAGUGGGCCGAGGCCGAGGACGUCUUCUUCCAGAUGUCCAACCGGCUGGAGCGCAUGCUCAGCACGGAGCUGGACAAGACGCACGGCAGGCUGACGGACGGCAUGCAGCCGCCUUCGCUGUAUGAUAUGGCGCUCAAGCUGCGCGCUUUCAUGCGCAAGGUCAGCGAUGAGCGUAUUGAGAUGGGCGAGUGCGAUAACUUCGUGAACCAUGAACUUAAGUGGGCGGAGUGGUUCGUGGAUGCUACUAAGGCUGGGGUCAUGCAUAUCAAGGUUAAGGGCUGCAAGUGCCGGCCGAGCUGGCCUGAGAAGGAGGAUGAAAACUAGCAAGCUUGGAUGAUGGGAGGAGGUUAUGAGUUUGAAGGCCUUUCCGUUCGGAGUUUGUAUGCGUGCCGGCUAGGCGCUAGAAUUAG